AUGGCAAAUCCACAGGUCAGAGUAGGCGUAGGAGUCUUCAUCCUCGCAUCCUCAAAUGAACUCGCCAACAACCCACGCUUCUUGGUGGGCAAGCGCAUGAAUUCCCACGGCGCUGGGACAUAUGCCCUACCAGGCGGCCAUCUAGAAUUCGGCGAGACGCCCGAGGAGUGCGCUGCGCGUGAAACGCUGGAAGAGACAGGUCUUAAAAUCUCUCCGGCCCAAUUCCUAACUGCGACAAACGAUUAUAUGCCGGCGGAGAAUAAGCAUUAUAUCACAAUGUUCACGAUUUGUGUGCGAGAGAAGGAUAGUGAUGAGCCGCAAGUUCUGGAGCCUGAGAAGUGCGAGGGCUGGGAUUGGGUGAGCUGGGAGGAAUUGAUGGAUUGGGUAAAGGUCGAGAGCGAGGCUGAAGAGGACGAGGUUUUGGAGAGGAAGCUGUUUCUACCGCUUCUGAAUCUGACUCAUGCCACGUAUGCGAACGUCAAGAUGCCUCUAGGCUGGGAAAGAAUCAAUAACAAGAAGUCGACGCCGAACAAAAACAUCGUCUUCAUCAAACCCCGCGCAGGCCCGGACGAAGCUAUAUCGAAAGACUACCUGGAGCGCAUUGCAGCACAAUGUCUUCCAAUCAUGAACAGAAAUUACCUGGCGGUGGCAUCUCUGGAAGAAUACGAGCCUAACCUGGAGUUCUGGGGGCGGAAUUUCAACAAUGGCGAGAUCAUUCAGCUUGUACUGAAGUCCCCCUCGACUGGACGAUGGCUCCCUUUCAAGUUUGUACAGAUGGUUAUGAUGCAUGAAUUGGCACAUUGUAAAGAGAUGAAUCAUGGGCCUGGAUUCUGGAAAGUCCGAAACGGAUAUGCGAGCGAGAUGAAAGAACUAUGGGCGAAGGACUAUACUGGGGAUGGACUCUGGGGCAAAGGAGUCCUACUGGAAAACGGCAUGUUCACCAGAGAUACUCUCGACGAGGGCGAGAUCCUGCCGGAACAUAUGUGCGGCGGUACCUUUAAAUCACGCGGUAGGAAGAAACGGAAGGCCAAGCCGAAGAUAACAUACAAAGAGCAAAAGGAGCGCAGAAUCAGGAAGAAGUUUGGCGUCAAUGGCACGACGCUAGGUGCAGAUGAUAAGGUAAAGGUCAAGCUCGAGAACGGCAAGAAACCAGUUGGAAAGCCGAGGAUAGCUGGCAGUGCUCGGGGAAGAGAGCUUCGAGCUGCUGCUGCAUUGGCUAGAUUUGAGGUGAAGAAAGAGGAGCCUCAAAUCAAGGAUGAGGAGCUUGUCACCGAUAGCGAAACGGAGAGCGAGGACGAGGUGCACAUUAAAGCUGAGCCGGAUGACGCUGUUGAUAUUGAUGGCUCGCGUCUGGUUGAUAGCAAGGGUCAUGGCAUGGUCAGGGUCUGCGAUGAUGAAGAUAAGGACGAUGAUAAUGUGAAGAAUGAGUUGAGGGAGCUGCAGAGCAUGCAUAGUCAAGCACAGCUUUCUCAGUCUACGAAGGUGGAUUCCCAGCCAAAAGCCGCUGUCUCAUCUAUACCCCAGUCAUCGAAACCAACCAAGUCAUCGGAUCUGUCGACAAACUCUCGAGGAUCUAAACCAUCAAAGACCAUAGGAAAACGCAUCUUACAGGACACCGGACAGGGUAGCGGCAGCAGUUCAUCAAAGCCCAAAUUGACAGAGAACGUCCCUCCAACUAUAAUGUCAAAAAUAUCAGUCUCGCCCGUCGAGGCUUCAUGUCCUGUCUGCUCUGUUAUCAACAACCCCAUGUCUUUGACCUGUACCGUCUGCUCAAAUGUUCUCAAGCCAGAUUUUGUACCCAAUGCCUGGAAGUGUAAUAGCGCAACGUGUAAGGGUGGAGAAUAUAUCAACGCUGGCGAUGUGGGUUUAUGUGGCGUUUGUGGAAACAGAAAGUCUUAA